UUGCACGGCCAUUUUUGAGUUCGGAUUCUCGGAAACGUUGAACUAACUUGGAUCAGCGGUGCUCGACUUUAAACAGUGAAGUAUUAACGGCGAGAUUACCGUCAGCUGUGCGACAACAGACAUGCGUCUUUACCAAACCACGCGUUUAAAAUACAUCUGCACUGGAAAUAUAACAGUGUGUAGAGCUACGGAAGGUAACAAGGCAGUGGGGGUUGGUUCAAGAUGCUUGUUUGGUGUGAAGUUUUCUUGCACAGCUGUAUCUAGACCGUAUUACUCGCUAAAGGGAAAGAUAAACACCUGGUAUCGGUGUAAAUCGCCGGUGCGCACGCCAAAUACCGGUUAUAACACACACCAGAAACAUUUCAGUCGUGUGUUUUCAUCCAAACACGCAUAUGAGGACGCUUUUGGUCAGGCAAGGGAUAAACCUGAAAAGUUUUGGAGUGAAGCGGCACAUGGCCUCAGCUGGUUUGAACAUUGGACCCAAACUUUGGAUAACACGGAUACAGUGUUUCCAAAAUGGUUUGUUGGAGGAAAGCUAAACAUAUGUUAUAAUGCUGUGGAUCGGCAUGUGGAGAAUGGGAGAGGUGAUCAGGCAGCUGUCAUCUAUGACAGUCCCGUUACCAGCACUAAACAGAUACUCACAUACAGAGAAAUGCAAGAGCAGGUGUCCAGGUUGGCGGGUGUGCUGGUGAGGCAUGGUGUGAAGAUGGGCGAUCUGGUGGUGAUCUAUAUGCCCAUGGUGCCUCAGGCUAUGUUCACCAUGCUGGCAUGUGCCCGUAUCGGUGCCACACACAGCCUUAUCUUUGGGGGAUUUGCCUCUAAAGAGCUUUCCAUCCGUAUUGACCAUGCUAAGCCCAAGUUGCUGGUGACCGCAUCUUUUGGCAUCGAGCCGGGCAGGAGAGUGGAGUACAUUCCCCUGGUGGACAAAGCUCUGGAGCUUAGCAGCCACAAACCACACAAAGUCCUCAUCUACAGCCGUCCCUGCAUGGAAAAGGUUUCCAUGCAUCCUGACAUAAGUCUGGACUGGGAGGAGGAAAUGGCUACUGCUCUCCCUCAUGACUGUGUCCCCGUCCCCGCUCAUCACCCGCUGUAUGUCCUCUACACUUCUGGUACCACUGGCACUCCUAAGGGUGUAGUCCGAGAUACGGGCGGAUAUGCCGUGAUGUUAAACUGGACCAUGUCUAAUGUUUACGGACUGGCUCCUGGUGAGGUUUGGUGGGCUGCAUCUGACCUCGGCUGGGUGGUGGGCCACUCAUAUAUCUGCUACGCUCCCCUUCUACAUGGCAACUCCACCGUGCUUUAUGAGGGUAAACCGGUGGGAACUCCGGACCCCGGGGCAUUUUUCCGUGUGAUGUCGGAGCACGGCACAACUUCCAUGUUUACAGCUCCCACUGCUAUCAGAGCCAUUCGCCAGCAAGACCCUCAGGCAGAACACGGGAAACGGUACCAGCUCAAUAGGUUGAGGAGUUUGUUUGUUGCAGGAGAACGCUGUGAUAUAGAGACCCUUGAAUGGGCCAAGAGGAGUUUUGGAGUGCCAGUGCUGGAUCACUGGUGGCAAACUGAAAGUGGCUCGGCCAUCACUGCCUCAUGUAUCGGUCUUGGUUGCUCACUCACUCCUCCUGCUGGUACAGCAGGAAAACCUGUACCUGGAUACAAUGUGACAGUGAUUGAUGAUGAAAUGCAGCUGGUGAAACCAAGGACUCUGGGUAAUAUUGUUGUAAAGCUUCCUCUUCCUCCUGGAGCUGCUCUCAGUCUCUGGCAGAAUCAGAAGCUUUUUAAGGAGCUGUACUUCACCAAGUUCCCUGGCUACUAUGACACCAUGGACGCAGGUUUUUUGGACUUGGAGGGCUUCUUGUACAUAAUGUCACGGUCUGAUGAUGUCAUCAAUGUCGCUGGUCACAGGUUAUCCACUGGUGCCCUUGAAGAGUCUGUCCUGCAGCACCCUUCAGUAGUGGAUUGUGCAGUGGUGGGACUGGAGGACUCCCUAAAGGGACACAUUCCUCUGGCAUUAUGUGUGCUCCGAAACAACUGUCAGAAGAGUGAAGAUUUGUUGGUGAAUGAGAUCGUGAGUUUGGUACGGGAAUCCAUCGGGCCGGUGGCGGCUUUCAGGAAGGUACUCUUUGUCAAAGUUCUUCCCAAAACCCGCUCAGGAAAAAUUCCACGAUCAUCUCUUGCUAACCUGGUCAACUCUAGGCCUUAUAAGAUCACUCCCACCAUUGAAGAUCCUGAGGUCUUUAAGGACAUUGAGAAGAUGGUGCGAGUAACACUUAAAGGACCUGGUAAAUAAUUCAUCAUGAGAUGUGGACAAAUGCACGCACGCCAGCUUUCCCUCCAACAUCUGACACUGUUAAACUGUGAAACUCGUUAUGCGUAUAGAAUCUAAUCAUGGUAUCCAAUAGGUAGUAUAGCAGUAAUAAUCUCUUGAAUCAGUAGGAGUGAUACUUGCAAUAGUAUCAUCUCAAUGGCUUGCCCAAAUACAACUACCUGUUGACUUAAAGGAAAAAUCUUGAGAUAACGCUCUUUGGAUGAGUAUGAAAGUGAGAAUAUCACAAAAAUGUUAUAUUUUACCCCAAAUUUAAAUGUAAUAUCUAACUUUAGGGCCAUAAAGAUUUGUUCACAUUUUAAAAUCAAUUCUCAUUACCAUUCUCAUGUUUUAGGUGGAAAAAAGUUAAACUUAACAAGAUGAGAAAAUUAAUGGUCGUAAAAGUAGCCUUAUUUUUGAUUUAUUUCCAAUUUUGGAAAAUGACUUGGACAUGUUUUUUGGUAGGGUUCGUGAAAGUCACCCAAAUAUGUGUUUUAUUUGCAACCCAUGAACUUAAACUAUAAAGCUGUCAACUUGAAGAAAUUGUUUUGUAAAACAUUUUGACAAUUAUUUUUAUAAACAAAAUCUAUUAGACUGUACUUUUUUUAUUGACAAUGAAAAGAUCUUUGAUCACCACAUAGUUUUGACCAAAAUACAAUCAUUAAUAAAAAUAAAAAAAUGGACACAAAAUCAGAAUAUUCUCGUGCAUGCAAAACAGGGAUGUAUAACUGUUGAAAAUUGUGUCAGAAAUAACUCAAAGACAGGAAGUCAAGAUUUCCCCUGCAACCUCGACAGAAACAGAGUUUGAAAACAGUUUUACACCAAAGUCACAGCAGGCAACAGGUUUGUCUUUUAAAAAGUUUAAUCUGGAUUUCAAGUUGAUAUACACUCUAAAUUCACUAUGAGCUAAGCCUGUCUUUUAGUUAUUUCUCCUACAAGAGUCUGUUGAGGCUAGCUGAUUGGUUGAUGGGUGGUCAGGUGUUCAGUGAAUGACAUCAGAUGUGCCAUCACGCAGAGUGUUGAGUAGAGUGAGUAGUCCAUGUCAUAGUGGCGAUGACACACACUGUGCUUUUCUGAGACAUUUGUUUUACCCACAACAGGUGACAAUUUGAUCUAAAAUGGUGUUAUACUUUCAUUCUUGCCAAACAAUAACAUCUGUGAUUAGAUGCUUUAAAGUCAACAUGAAUUCAACAUUUACUUUCAGUAAGUGUUCUGUAACUUGCUCCACCUAAAAUGACUUUUUGUUUCAUGUAAGGUCAUAAACUGUUUAAGCAAAAACCGAUUGGUUCACAGAUUUCUACCCAUUAUUCAGAUUUUGCAUGUAAAACCCUUUAUCAGCAUUCUUGCAGGCUUGUACAAUGUGCACAAAUGUUUUGACGUCAAAAGCAGAGAAUAACCCGAUUAUUUCAGCUCACAUGUAAAUGCACUCACUGUUGUAGCUAGUUAAGCAUUGAGGGCAUUUACAUUCUUUUUAAGUGUAAAGUCAUGUAAAUAAGACUUAAACUGUUUUCCUUCAUCACGGUGAGGACAUUUUUGCCCAUUACCCCAAUUUUGUAUUGAAUGUAAACCUUAACUCUUACUGCUUUAAAGGCGCCCACACUAGGCUUUGAGCACGCAAUAUUUUUCGGACAACGCAACGGACCAUGAUAUGAUUUCAUCACACAAAUAUUAUUAUAUUAAAAAUGUUAAAAUCUUCUGUCGUCUCACUUUCCUGCAACAAUAAACCCUGUAUUCUUUGUAUUAAACCAAAAGUUCAGUGUGUGACAUUUCAAACUUCUAUUGGUCUCGCAUCCUCUCAUCAUACGGAUUAGUAGAUCAGAGUUCACCAAACUUGAACUUACGCAGCAUAGUACU